AUGCGGUGCCUUAUAACCGGCAGCUUCGUUCUCGUUGCUCUUUUCUCCAUAGGACAUGCGGCAACCAACGUCUGCUAUAAUCCAGAUGGAACUCAGACGGUGAAAGAUACUUAUUCUCCAUGUUUUCCCACCACCAACGUGACGCACUGCUGUCCAGAGGACUCAACUUGUCUAAAGAAUGGGCUGUGCCUGAUGAAGAAUGACACUACCCUCAACACUGGUCUAUGCACGGACAGUACGUGGCAGGACGAUGCCUGCUUCCCACGCUGCCUAACCUCCCAACGCAAACCCGGCCCAAGUUCGCUCUAUCGCUGCAGCAACAAUAAUUGGUGUUGUUCGGAUGGUGCCUCCAAUUCCACCUCCUGUUGCCGAGACGAAGGCGUCAAGCUAUUCCCAAUCAUUGCACACGCAGCCGUGGAAAACGGCUCAGCCUUUUUGCAUGGCUACAGCAUCGCACCCAUUGCUAGCAUUAUUACAAAUGGCGCAUUGCUCUCGAGCACGGCUCUGCAGACAGUG